AAGUUGUUAUAUUCAAAGUAGCGAAGGCUGACCACAGACAAGUCUGCCCCUUUCUCUCUCUAACCGACCUUUUCUCCUUUCUCUCACUAGAUUCUCCCCUUCAACCGUUUGAAUCUACUACGAUUUGUCUUCGAAACUUCUCCCCUAAGCUUCGACGAUUUGUCUCGUUUUUUCUCUCCCUCUCUCUCUCUCUCUCUCUCUCUCUCUCUCUCUCUCUAUAUAUUAUCAUCGCAAUUCCACUCUAGAUCUCACAAAACGGGUGCUAUUUGGUUUCUGCAACCGGAUUUAAUUGAAGUAAACAUCUGUCAGGAAGAUGGCCGGCCGUUACGAUCGCAAUCCUUUCGACGAAGAAGAAGUUAAUCCAUUCGCUGAUGGAGGGGCUAGAGGAAAACCAUCUGGUCAAUCAAAGUUUGGAGGAGGCUCAUUUUUUAACUCGACUGGAAGCGUUCCUCCUGCUACAAACUCAAGGCUCUCACCACUUCCUCCAGAGCCUGCUGAUUUCUACAAUCCUACUGCCCCAGUUGACAUUCCUCUUGAUAGUGCUUCUGAUUUGAAAAAGAAAGAGAGAGAGCUACAGGCCAAGGAGGCUGAACUGAAAAGAAGGGAACAGGAAGUGAGGCGGAAAGAAGAAGCUGCUGCACGAGCUGGCAUUGUUCUCGAGGAAAAAAACUGGCCUCCGUUUUUCCCUAUUAUUCAUCACGACAUCGCGAAUGAGAUACCUAUUCAUCUGCAAAAGCUGCAGUAUGUUGCUUUUACAACCUAUUUGGGUCUCGUUUGUGCCCUUCUAUGGAAUGUUAUAGCUGUGACUACUGCAUGGAUUAAACAAGGAGAUGCAAAGAUUUGGUUUCUUGCCCUUAUCUACUUCAUAUCGGGGGUCCCUGGAGGCUAUGUGUUAUGGUAUCGACCACUCUACCGUGCUUUUAGGAGUGAAAGUGCCAUGAAGUUUACGUGGUUUUUCCUGUUUUACUUGCUUCACAUUGGCUUCUGCAUCUUCGCUGCAGUUGCACCUCCUGUAGUUUUCAGAGGAAAAUCUUUGGCAGGUAUCUUGCCAGCUGUGGAUCUCAUCGGCAAGCAUGUAUUAGUUGGAAUUUUCUACUUUGUCGGGUUUGGACUUUUCUGCUUAGAAUCAGUCCUAAGCAUUUGGGUUAUACAGCAAGUAUACAUGUACUUCCGAGGCAGUGGCAAAGCGGCAGAGCUGAAGAGAGAAGCUGCUAGGGGUGCCCUACGUGCCGCAAUUUAAAUCGUCGUGCAAGUAAAAUCUCUCUCCUCUCUCUCUUAUCUUAUACGAGAUGCUAUUUACACAUAUCAUUGAGAGGCGCUAUAUUUGAUGAACUGGGGGUAUCGCAUGUAAAUCUUAUUUUCUGUGUAUUGAGUGUUCAUUUUUAUUCCAAAUUACUAUAUUUACAGUCUUUUGCGUUGAGUAUACUUUUGAGGGGAUGUGCCUAGAAAGGAAAUAGAAGUUAGACCUGCUUGAAUUUGUGAGUUAUAUAGUUAUGCGUCUGUAAAUUCAUUGUGGCAUUUGGUCGUAUCCGUGAUUCGUUUUGUUAAUACAACUACACGUUCUUGAGUUUUUUUCUU